GCCAAGCCUUGCCACCGUUCUGCGACGACACCCCGUCAAUCAAUCACCUCUCGGUUUAUAACAAAGCCAUGUCCACCACAAAUAACAGGAAACGAAAACAACCUCCCCAUGCUCGUGGCCGCGACCGCUGGGCUGCAACAAACGAACAGGACACCCACCGCGCCCCUGACCCCACACUGUUCAUCCAAGCACAUGAAGCGGACGUCGUUCGCGGGCCGCAAGCACACGCGGCGGCCGGCUCCCUGGAAGUGUCCGACUACGAAGAUAAUGGAAAGCACAAACUUCGCAUUGGCGAUGCGCUCAUUAGGUGGCAGGGUACCGCUAGCAGGCUGACUAGCCAAGCUGGGGACGACGAAGAGGAACUGGUCACCCUUGGCCAUGCUCAACCCGCGAAACCGACAGAAGGAGACGACGGGGAGGGUCUGUGGAUGGACAGGUACGACGCACGCCUGCUUCUAGACGCGCUCCCGACCGUGCCGCCCGACGCACCCCCAGACGCGCCCAGCUCUCCCGGCGGGUGGUCCGACCUCCCAUCCGACACCGAAGACACGUUCUUCUUUUCCCCAGACGAAGUCGAGGACUACCGGCGAGACAAGCGGCGCCGUCUCAUCGACCAAGGCAGAGAGGACCGCUUGCGGGCGUUGCGCUCCGAGGCGGGAGCGGAGGCAGAUCCGCAGCUUGCAGAGGAGCAAUGGGGCGGGAGCGACGAGGAACCUGACGAAGCCCAUCGGGAUCUCAUGCGCCGCACCGCGUCUCACGUCCUCAGCUCGCCAAACCCCGCUCAGCUAGAGAUGCGCAUCCUCGCGAACCACGGUGCGGACGGCCGCUUCGCGUUCCUCAAGGGCCGCUGGUCCCGUGCAUGGCGGCUCGCGAAGACUCAUGCGAGAAUGGACAAGGAACAAACGGAAGCGCGGCAGGCGCAGCCAAAUCCUGGACUUGGAGGACUGGCGGGCUACGGCGGCUCGGAUAGUGAGGCUGACAGUGACCCGGGACAGUCUGAGGAGGCUGCUGAGGACAAGCCCGAUGAAGCGGAUAGCAAGUCGCCUGUCGAAGUACCUGACGAUGUUCAGGACGACGAUGCCAAAGCGGCCAGACGAGCACGCGCGAAAGAGUGGGCGGAGAAACGCCGGCUAGCACAGGCUGCCUUUGAAGGCGGGACAUGAGACCUUGCAAUACAACCGCCUCGGACGAUGGCUUUGGUGAUAUAAAUACCCCUCACUGCAUAAUUUACUCUCAUGAUCCUACCCGACUUGUUCAAGAGUCGUUUACGGGGCACACUCCUCUGUACCCUCUGGGACGAGCCUCAGAGCUCCUUCUUGCUCGCACUUGCUGCAGCACCCUUGAAGCCCUCCAACGCGCGCAACCGCUCCGUAAGCGUCGGGUGCGAGUGGUGAUACGCCGAGUACCUGUUCGCCCGUCAGCCUCAUCCGCACGCGCAUACAUCCAGCGACCACUACG